GGGCUUAGAAGAGAGGGAGAAUGGGGAAGAUGAGGAAGGCGGCCGCCACCGCGGCUGGGUCCGGCAAGCAGCGCUUCCAGUUCCAGGGCGGAAUCCAGUUCUACAAGUCGCGGGGCCAGCACAUCCUCAAGAAUCCUCUCAUUGUCCAGUCGAUCGUGCAGAAGGCCGGGCUCAAGAGCACAGACAUUGUCCUGGAGAUUGGGCCCGGAACUGGAAAUCUCACCGUCAAGCUGCUCGAGGUCGCUAAGAAGGUGAUUGCCGUGGAGCUGGAUCCCAGAAUGGUGCUGGAGCUCCAGAGGCGCGUCCAAGGCACUCCCCAAGCAAAUCAUCUCCAGAUCAUCCAGGGAGAUGUUCUAAAGACCGAGCUUCCAUACUUCGAUGUGUGCGUUGCCAACAUUCCCUACCAGAUAUCAUCGCCCCUCACAUUCAAGCUCCUUUCGCACAGGCCACUCUUUCGAGCAGCGGUGAUUAUGUUCCAGAAGGAGUUCGCGAUGCGUUUAGUCGCCAAGCCCGCGGAUCCACUCUACUGCCGCCUGUCCGUGAACACGCAGCUCCUCGCGCGGGUGGAUCACCUCCUCAAAGUUGGCAAGAACAACUUCCGGCCGCCACCAAAGGUGGACUCCUCGGUGGUACGCAUCGAGCCCCGGAAUCCUUUGCCUCCAGUGAGCUUCAAGGAGUGGGAUGGUCUCGUCCGGCUGUGCUUCAACCGGAAGAACAAGACGCUGGGAUCGAUAUUUCGGCAGAAAAACGUCGUCCAGCUCGUGGAGAGGAAUCGCAAGGCGGUGAUGGCGGUAGCGCAGGAACAGGGAGGGGGUGGUGAUAUCACAAUGCUGGGAGAGAAUUCUCGUUCCAACGAAGAAGAAGAAGAAGAAACUGGGAUGGAAGUGGAAGAAGACGGUGACAACGAGAACGAGGAUGGAAUGGACGUAGACGAUGAUGGAUCGAAAUGCCAGACCAAGGAGAUGCUGCUAGAAAUCUUGGAGAAAGGGAAAUAUCUGGACAAGAGAUCUUCCAAGCUUACCCAGGACGACUUUCUGACGCUGCUCGCGUCCUUCAACAAGGCGGGUGUACACUUUUCAUCGUGAGCGAAGCAAAAGCUUGCCGUUUUCUUUUUCUUUCGGGUCGCGCAGGAGGACAACCUGUUACAAAACAAGGAUUGAAACCAAAAGAGAAUGUCUUCCAUGCCCUUCAAGCCGCUUGAGAACUUUCCUCGUCUCCAACAGAGAAAGUUGCUGCAAGCUCCAAUUUUGCCGGAUACUCCUUCCCCGUUUUUGGAUCCCAGAAGACUGCUCUUUUAUACCACACCAUAUCUCGUCGCGGUGGAGUACAGGAAAUUUACACUUCCACCACUAUAACCUUUAAGCUUUCUGUAUCCACUCAAAAAACUAGAAAGCCAUCAGUUGCCAUGCGAUUCACAAUAAUUAUG